AUGAGAGACCGACUUCAAGAACUAAGGCAGCGAACGAAAGCAAUGGAACUCUCUAAAGAUGGGCGUGUGUCCAGGACAGAGGCCGAGGAACCCGGGGAGUUCCCGCAGCAUGCUGUUAUUUAUGAAAGAGAACCUGUAGCCGAGAGGCAGCUACAGGAGAUCCAAAAAUUGCAGGAGAGCCUUAACCAUCUAACAGAUGAUGUCCAAAAAUUUGGGCAGCAACAAAAAAGUCUGGUCGCUUCAAUGAGAAGAUUUAGUCUACUUAAGAGAGAAUCUAGCAUUACGAAGGGGAUAAAAAUCCAAGCAGAGCACAUCAAGAGAGAUUUGGACGAUCUAAUAAGAGAAGCCAUAAAGUCAGAGGCGGAAAACGGUCCAUCAUCAGUGAUCACAAGAAUACUUAAAUGUCAGCAUGCUGCCAUGUUCCGCCAUUUCCAGCAAACUAUGUUAAUAUACAAUGAUGCAGUAGCAGCAAAACAAGAGAAAUGCAAGACAUUUAUUUUUCGUCAGCUUGAGGUUGCUGGAAAAGAAGUUUCAGAAGAAGAAGUAAGUGAUAUGCUUUAUCAAGGAAAAUGGGAAGUUUUCAACGAAAGCUUACUUACAGAAAGCACUAUCACUAAAGCACAGCUCUCAGAGAUUGAACAGAGACACAAGGAACUUGUUAAUCUGGAGAGUCAAGUAAAGGAUCUAAGAGACCUUUUCCUUCAGAUCUCUCUUUUAGUCGAGGAGCAAGGAGAAAGCCUCAACAAUAUUGAAGUGAUAAUGAGCAGCACAGAGGAAUAUGUUCACACCACUACAGAGAAAUUUGGACUAGCUGUAAAAUAUAAGAAAAGAAACCCUUGCAGGGUGCUGUGCUCGUGGUGCUGUCCAUGCGGUAGCUCAAAAUAA